GCGCUCGCGCCCUCCCCCUCCCCGUCAGCUGCGCAUCACAACAAAAGUAGCGAGGAGGAAAAAAAGAAAAACAAACACACACUGUCACCGUCUCAGCGUCUCGCGGCAGCGCGGAAUCAUGUCGAGCGGGGAGGAGGCCCGACGGCCCUCGCUGUCCUCCUCUUCGGUCGGUCUCGAGGCCCUGUUCCCGGGCUGCUCCGGGGCUGGCGCAGGCGGAGCGGAGCCGGGAGACCCGGAGCUGGCGCGUCUGCGGCGGCGGCUGCAGGCCUGGUUGAGUCCGCACGAGGCCGCCGUGCUCGGCCUGCAGCGCCUGCUCGUGUGGGAGAGGCCCGUGCGCAGCGGAGCCGUGGCGCUCGCGCUCAACACUGCGUUCUGGCUGCUGUCCUCCACGUCCUUACGGCCCUUGUUCCUCCUGAGCGCGUCUCUGCUUGUCCUCACGUUACUGGAGAGAUGGAAAGACAAGCUGCCUCAGAUAACCGUGCGGCAUCCAGAGGCCCCAGUCAUAGAAAGAGAAAGCAUGAGCGUCCACCCUAGACUUUUGAGCGUGGAUGAACUGAGCCACCAUCUGGCGGAGAGCUACUUAACCUGUAGUCUCUACAUCCAAGAGAUGCUCCAGUACAAACGGCAGAAUCACGGCAAGUUUUGUGCAAUGACAUGCUCAGGAUGCCUCCUGCUAGCUGUGGUUGGUCACUACAUACCUGGAAUCAUGAUCUCCUACAUAAUAUUGCUGAGUGUCUUGCUGUGGCCCCUGGUUGUGUACCAUGAGCUGAUUCAGAAGAUGUACACGGGGUUGGAGCCCAUCCUGAUGAAGCUGGACUACAGCAUGAAGGGAGACACGCAGCACCGCAAGCACGACAAAAGAAAGGUGAAGAAAGAGCAGGAAGAGGGAGAUGAGCCAAGGGCAGAAACGGAGAGCGAGAGUGAGGAGGAGCUGUCCUGCUUUGCUCCCACUGUGGAUGUGAAGACCACAGCUCUAGCGAUGGCCAUCACCGAUUCAGAGCUGUCUGAUGAGGAGGCGUCUAUACUGGAGAGUGGGGGGUUCUCUGUGUCUAGAGCUACUACCCCACAGCUCACGGACGUCUCUGAAGACUUGGACCAGCUGAGUGUGCACAGUGAACCUGAGGAGAGCUUCUCCAAGGACCUUCCGGAGUUCCCCUCAGUGGACGAGUUCCCGUCGAUCGAACCUGGUCUGUUCCACUUUCCCCUGGGUGUGCUUGGGUCUGGCCGGCCUGAGGGCUCCAGCACGGAGCACCAGGAGGACUCCCAAAGUCCCACCAGCCUCCUUAUUCAGCACUUGGCUUCCCCACUCCACUUUGUCAACACGCACUUCAACGGACAUGGACGAUCCUCUGGAGCUGACCGGAGUUCAGCGGGAGCCGGGCAAGAGGGAGAAGGAGCUGCUCGGGCCGCACAAGGACCUACCCGGUCCCUGGAAGCCCUCAGCGAGGAGAUUGUGAGCACAGCCAUCUCCACCGUGGUGCAGAACACUCUUUCAGCCCUUCUGCGGUCCACAGAGGCCAGCGAGGGGCCUUCCAUGGCGGAGUUCCUCCCCACCGAGACGCCGCCUUGUCCAAUGGAGUCGCCUCUCGGUUCACCCGCGGCCCAGGAGGCGAGCGACGAGGACGUGGAUGUAACCACCGAAGCCAGCACCGAGGAGCAACCGGACGUAACACUUGUUCCUGCCGAGGAGGAGGACUUUGAGCUACUGGACCAAAGCGAACUGGAGCAGAUGGAUGAGGGGCUGGGUCUAGGUUUCGACGGACAGGGGACGGGCGGUGGCCCGACAUCUACGGACACGCUCCCGAGCGGCCAGCAACAGCAGGCUGACCAACAGGAGUCCUAGCUUGCCCAUCAUCCUUGCUAAACUGUCCCUUUUAUUUAUAGUCCAUGUAGAUAUAUAUACCAUACACUGACAUAUAUGCUUUAUGAGAAGGUCUGAAAAUAAUUUUUCUGUCAGUUCUGCUAUUUGUGAGAUCACUGUGACCUUUUUUUUGCUUUGUUUUUUCAGGUGAACCAAAACAAACCACAGAAAAAAUGAAGUCGAAAUUUAGUGGUGCAUACUUUUUGGACAAAGAGUGCUGAGCGAGGGUCAAUGCUUGCCAUGUCCAGUAACUACAAUUACACGGACCGGUGGAGCUGAUCCGAAUUAAGCGCUCUUCCUUAAACGAUAUUGGCCUCGAUUGGCCAGUCAGUUUUUUUUUAUUUUAUUAUUUUUUUUUUUUAAAUAAAUGGUAACAAACAUUUUCAAAGAAAGAAAUCACUUAGUUACUUGCUUAAUUAGAGCUCUCGAGGUUAAACACCAGGGCCAUGUUAUUUCUUCCAAGUGAUAUCACACUUAGUAACAUUAGUUCCAGAUAAUCUCGUCUAAAUUUCUGUGUUGCGCACGUUGUCUGGUAUCCCCCAUCCUAUGGGCCAGUCUAGAUUUCCUUCUGUCUUGCUUUUUACUUCCAUGCUUUUGUCCUGUUUGCCACUCCCGGUUAACAGUGGUGAAAUCUAAACUGCAGAACCUCACAAGCAACCUGGGGAUAAUCUCACGGCAGCUGGACAACUUAAAUCCACAGAGAAGAUUGCUCAGUAGGAAUGUUCAGUAACUGCUCUCCUAUUGGCCAGUCUGGCCUACAGGCUUCAGUUACCUGGCUUACUGAGAAAUCCUGCUUUGUGAAAUACUCCCCAGGUCUAAUAUGAGCCAGAUUCCUGUACUGACUCAAGAAGAGGAACUAACCCAGUCUACAUUACAGCCUGCUGUCUGAAAAGAAGCAAGUAACUGACCAGCCAGGCUGACUUUAUUCGUAGUUGCGAAAGUUUAUAUUUAUAGCGGUAAAGAGAUAUUUUAUCAUUUAUAGCCAUGUUAAUAUAUGCUGUUGUGUAUAUGUUAAGGGUUGGGGAUUUUUUUUUAUUUAUGAACAUUGGUCAGUUAUGAAGUAAAAACGUAUGCCUUGCACAGGUUACAGAAGAUGUGGUUCCAUUCAAGUAAUUUGGCAUUAUUAUCUCUGGUCUUGCACAAUCGAAACAUUGGAUCUGAAGAAUGUUUCUACAGAUGACUGAAGCGUCCCGCCAUCAAUGUUACCCUUUGCGGUUCUCUGUAAUCCAUUAAGCACUUGUGAAAUACUGCACAACGACAAAAAUACAGUCGUGGGGGAGAAAAAGAAUCUUACUUUUUUUAAAAAAUGCCCCCAGCUUUGCUGAUUUAUAAUCAUUUUUCAUGCAGUUAGAUUAAUGACUGGUGUGGAUGGAGGAGUUUUAACUGGAUGCACUUUGGAAUUAAUAAUAGAUUUGUAGGCAUGGUAAUUAGCCAUUUCAUAAGACCCACAUACUGAAUCAGAGCAAACCUUCUGGUGGGUAAAGUCUACCUGGAUGUAAUCGUCUGUAAAGCAGUGUAAUAUUUUAAUUUGUGGGCUUCUUCUUUAUCUUCAAAUGCAAAGCGUCUACUGAGCUUCUACAUGCAGAACAACUGGAAGGGAAUUCUGAAAAAUUUUCCCAUCUCAGUUUUAUUCUGCAAAUUCAGCUCUAGUUUUUACAUACAUACAUUUUUAAGGAUGUUUCCUGCCUAGCAGGGUUGUUGUUGUUGUUCCCCUUUUUUUGAAGCGCCCACUAUGAAAAUGGAGAGUGGUUAAUUUAAAAAAAAAAACAAAAAAAAACAGAAAUUGGAAAUGAAGUGAUGAACAAAGCGCUUACGGUUAUAUGCACCCAUUGUUUCCUGAAGUUUCCACACAGCUGUCACAUUUUUGGUCUGCAGCCUCCUCAUGUAGUCGUGCUUUAGGGACAUUUAUUUAUUAUAAUUGGCCUUUAUUACAGUUUGAUUUGUAAUCAAUAAAAGAAAAAUGUGCAUCACAACACUGUAAAAAAUGGCUGACUGUAGCAUGAGUAGCACCUCCUUCACCCCAUGCUAAAAGUGCUAAUUUGACUGAAAUAAGAGGGAUCAAAUAAGAUUAGAGUACUUUGUUUUUCUUUUCUUUUUAAUCCCCGCUCCUGUAGAUAACCUCCGAUCCUGUAAAAAGCAAUGGAAACAGCUAGUUUGUUUUUUGAAACUAUUAACAGAGAAUGUUUGUGUAAUAGUACUCGUGUUUUGCUCAUGCUUUCACUGCUUCUUGAUCGAUAAAAGGCACAUCAUUUAACAAAAA